AUGGAGUCAAGUGAUUACAAAGAAGAAGAGAGCUUUAAGAUGUUCGAAGGUUACUUCAAGACCUUCACAAUGCAGUCAGAAGCUAUCGGUGGAAAAAUGAAAUUUGGAAUUUACUUCCCACCUAGCGUUGUUAAAGAUCAUGAAGAAGACCCUUCUAAAAAGUUUAAAGCCCUCUGGUAUCUUCACGGAUUGACUUGUUUCGAAUCAUUGUUCUUCCAGAAAUGCCCUCUUGGAUUAAAGAAAGCAGCAGAUCUUGGCCUUAUGAUGAUUUUCCCAGAUACAUCUCCAAGAGAUGCAGGGAUAGAGGGCGAGACAGAUCACUGGUCAUUUGGAGUUGGAGCUGGUUAUUAUGUUGACGCAACACAAGAACCAUGGGCUAAGAACUAUAACAUGUACAGCCAUGUCACCAAAGAGCUCAGAGACCUUGUUGAGAAGCAUUUCAACGUGGAUCCAGCAAAGCAAUCAAUUUGCGGUCACUCAGUUGGAGGGCACGGAUCUUUGGUCAUAUUCCAAAAGAAUCUUGAUAGAUAUGUGAGUUGCUCAGCUUUUGCUCCCAUGACUAACUCCAUCAACAGCGGUUGGGGGAAGAAUGCUUUUGAGAAGCUCUUCGGAGAGGACAACCUUGACCAAUGGAAAGAGUACGAUGCUUGUGAACUUGCUGCCGUCAACAAAGGCAAAAACCUAGAUAUCCUUGUUGACCAAGGAGAUAAGGAUUGCUUCUACCCUGACUAUUUGCUGACUGAGAACUUCAAGAAAGCAGGAGAAGAGAACGGCCACAAUUUCUCCAUCAACAUGAGAGAAGGAUAUGAUCACGGCUUCCCUUUCAUCAAUACUUUCAUUGAAAGCCAUCUUGAAUAUCACGAUAAGAAACUUAGUCAGUAA